UUUCUUGAGAGAUAUGAGAGUGGGCUUUAAAGAUUUGGCUGUCCAAAACCAGAAAAUAACCCUUUGCUCUCUCUCUCUCUCUCUCUGUGUCUAAUUGAUUGAUUUUGGUGCUUUAAGUUAUAAUCAAAGACCCAUUACCCCCUAAUUAAUUAAUUAAUUGAUUAUUCCAAAACAAGCCAUUCAUUAGGGUUAAAGGGUGAAUAGCUGAAUAGUAGUUGUAAAACUAACUCAACAAAGCCACCACUCUCUCUCUCUCUCUCUCCUUCAAAUUCCCUCUCCUUUCUCUCUUUUCUCUCGUUUUCUUUAGCCCUUUUAAAAAAUAUAUGAGUGAUAACUCUCCCCUGUAAACGCCGUAACGGACUCUUCUCAAUAAAAGUCCGUUACUUCUCCACCACCUCUUAAUUCUCACUGUCACGUGCGUUUUCGGAUUAAAAAUAAUAAUUACGGUAAAAAAGAUUUUAUCAAUCCUUCCAUUUCUAUGGCCUUGGAGCAGUUAAAUUUGGCUGCGACUCCAGGCCCAGUUGACGGCCUGAUAGACCCUGUCAACGCCUCCACUAACGGCGUUGAAUUCCGUCCGGCCUCUGUUGAUGGCGGUGAUGACGUCAGCAAAGCUCCGAGGCUUCCUCGAUGGACGAGGCAGGAAAUUCUCGUACUCAUACAAGGGAAAAGAGUGGCGGAGAACCGAGUCAGGCGUGGACGGGCAGCGGGCCUGGCUUUCGGGUCUGUCCAAGUGGAGCCCAAGUGGGCAUCGGUUUCUUCUUACUGUAAGAGGCAUGGCGUGAACCGGGGACCGGUGCAGUGCCGGAAAAGGUGGAGUAAUUUGGCGGGUGAUUUUAAGAAGAUCAAGGAAUGGGAAAAUAACAUAGGGGAAGAAACUGAGUCAUUUUGGGUUAUGAGGAAUGAUUUACGGAGGGAGAGGAAGUUGCCAGGGUUCUUCGACAAGGAAGUUUACGAUAUUCUCGAUGGCGGCGCCACCACAGUCCCGGCUUCUGCAACGGCUCCAGGCUUGGCUCUGGCUUUAGCUCCAACUCCCCCGGCCCAGGACGUGGUGGAGGAUGCUGAGGCUGUUUUUGAUAGUGGACGGAGCGCGGCAGCCGAGGAUGGCCUGUUUUCGGACUUUGAGCAAGAUGAUGCUGCUGGGAGCCCGGAAAAGAUUGAGCCAUCGGUGGCAGCUGCUGCUGGGAAGGCAGUUCCAGCUCCUAUCCCUAUUUCAGAGAAGCAAUAUCAGCCACAGCCAGCUCUUGGAGGGAUAGGGAACCAGAGUCAAGGUACAACAAAUGAGAAACGUCCAACCUCGAAUCCUGAGGUAGGUUCUGCUUCUCAAGAAGCAAGGAAGAGGAAAAGGACGGCAAUCGAUGGAGAUGAGGAAAUGAGCAGUCUGCAGUAUCACUUGAUUGAUGUCUUAGAAAGGAAUGGUAAAAUGUUGGUUGCUCAACUUGAAGCUCAAAACACCAAUUUCCAACAGGAUAGGGAGCAACGGAAAGACCACACUGAUAACUUAGUUGCUGUUCUUAACAAGCUUGCAGACGCUCUAGGGAGAAUAGCAGAUAAGUUAUAGCUCAGAGCGAUCAUGAUCAUGACAUGUUGUACAUAAACAAGUACUACUCUGCAGGUUCGAUAGAUUGUAGCUGAAGUUGAAGAAUUUACGGAUCAAUUCUUGCUCAUUUGUCUCAUGAGUCAGGGAAGACAGUUUCAUACGCAUUUUUCCUUUUAUUUUUCCCCUACAUAUUCUUAUUUGCUUUCUACCAUACACCAAUAAAUAAGUUUAGAAUUUUGAGAUCCAUACAACAUUUCUGCUUUCUUGUCUGUUAUACGUCUCUUUCUCCCUAUGAGAUUAUAUCAUUUUUGUUUUUUCCUUUCUAACAUUUUGGACCAUUUGGCUUAUUGUACAGGCUAUUGAUUUACAGAGCAACAUAAAUUAGUCAUUACUUUUUCUGCCUCUCAUUUAAACGUUUUUUUUAAGGCUUUUUCUGUUACCUGCCUGCUUGCUUGCUAUGACAUUGGAAAGUGCAUGGAAGUGUUGCAUCGAAGAUCUUUGGCCACUCCAUGUAUCAGUUUUGAGGGACCAAAUCAGAUGCAAUUAUUCUACUAAAAUUAACUAAUCACUUAUGACCUUUUACAUAAUUUUUUAUUGUAAUUAAAUAAUUACAAAUUUAUAACAAAAAAAUUCCAAAU